UAUAUGUUAUCACAACUUAUGUUGUUUUUCUCUUGCAUUGUCAUUUGAUAAUUAAUCUCGCAGCAAUGGCUUUCUCAUUCAGAUUAAAACCUUUGUUCUUUGUCAUAACACUGUUAUGCAUUUCUAGCUCAUGUUGCAAAUCAGAAGAUGAAGAUUAUGGAGAUAACGGAGACAACGGAGUGCAAGUCCACGAGAAUGGGAAUAAUCCAGUGGAAGUUCAUGGAGGAGGGAACGGAGUGCAAGGCGGAACUGGAGUGGAAGAUCCAGCUCAAAUAGUUGCCAAGGCAUUGUAUUGUUUCAAUGAUAGAUAUGUUUACAGCAGUUGUAAAGAAAGUUAUAGACUGACACAGAGUGGAAAUAUAAAUGUUCCACGAGAAGCGACCGAUGAAUACUGCAGCGGUGCCUGCUUGACUGAAACUCAUCUUGUUCUUGAUUGCAUUGGCAACAUACUAUCCAACUUUUUGUUUUACAACAAAGCCACGAUUUGGGAUAUAAAGGCUACAAUCAAGGCUGGAUGCAGUGACACUGAUGAAAGAGGAAAUUUUAAUGUGGCUGAGCACCUAGAAUCAAACGAUGCACAUAAGGUUACUACUGUGAGGGGUGCAUCUUUUUAUGUUUCUAAUCUUCUUAUUAUGAUUUUCUUGGGGUGGUAUUUCGUGCUCUAAUGAAACACUACUAGUAAUAUUAAAGCGUGUUUGCGUCCAAGAAAGGAAGUUAGAAUACCGAUCAAGUUGCAAGAAAACUUCCUACAUAUAUAUGGUGUAACCGAUGCAUAAUAUAAGAGGAUUUAUACCUCUACUUGUAGCAGUGAGUGACUAGUCGUCUGGGUUUGAUUCAGCAUUCUGUAUUGAAUUUAAUGAAAGUUUGUAUUCCGUAGAUUCUAUCAAAAAUUAAGUGUUGCUACGCAU